CAGACCUGGAAGCAGCACCACUCAAGGAUCACAGGAGUACUGAGUUAAGAAAAUCUUGCUGAAUCUCUCGAGGAAUCGUAGGACUCAAGAUGUUCAAAAGAUCUAAAGUGAUGGAUGGGACGGCCACUGGCCAAGAUCCUGAUCCUGAAUGUAUUAGAGAAGUGGGAUACAAGAAAAAAUCUAAGGUCCCCGGGGUGAUGAUAACACAGUUUAUCGAGGAGCUGCCAGAGGGAAAGACCCAUCCAGACUUCACCCGCAAGCCAAUUGCUUUGACCAUCCAAGAGGGCAAAUUUGCUUUUUUUAAAGCAAUUGUCACUGGAGACCCACAGCCGACAUUAACAUGGAGCAGAAAUAAUGGAGACGUGUCUGACACAGCACGAUAUCAACCUAAAUACGAUCCCAAUACUAAUGAGCAUACAUUUGAGAUGCCAAAUGUAAUGCCGGAUCAGGCUGAUACCUAUAAAUGCUUUGCCGUAAAUGAAUUUGGACAAGCCGUGGUCACAGUUGUACUGAAUGUGAUUGCAGUUGGUUUCAAUAAAAAUGCUGCCCAGAAACCAGUAGCUGAGGCCACCAAUGGGAAUUUUAAAGCUGUACUGAAAAGGAAAAGUAAGGUCCGUCCGAAAUCUGAGCAACCUGAGAGAAAGGAUGGGGAGAUCGAUCCUAAAUUUUGGGAGCUUUUGCUUAGCGCUCAAAAGAAAGACUAUGAAGCGAUUUGUACACAGUUUGGAGUGACAGACUUUCGCUGGAUGCUCAAGAAGCUUAAUGAAAUGAAGAAAGAAAGGGAGGAAGAACAAGCUGAGUUUGUCAAAAGCUUGUCCAACUUGAAACCAAUGCAGUUCAGUUCAGAGUCUUCUGCAUCCUUUGAGAUGGAUAUGGACCUUAUUGAUCCAAGCAGCUCCAUAUUCAUAUACAAGGAUGGUGUAAUGAUUCCUUAUACAAAGGAUAUGGGAGAAAAGAUGAAGCACACCCUUAAACAAGUGGGGAGAAAGUUUAUUUUCAGCAUGAAGGACCUUUUGCCAGAUGAUGCUGGACUGUACCAGUUGGAUGUAGAGGGGGUGAAUAUGUUUUCCACUGAUUUCAAAAUCCCCAUGGUGGAUUUCUUGGUGAAAAUUCAGGAAGUGAAGGCAGUAGAGAGACAAGAUGCUGUUUUUGAGUGUGUCCUGUCAAACCCUUUCUCCAAGACUUUGUGGUUUGGCAAGAAUUUGCCACUGGAACAGGGGGAUAAAUAUGAUAUCCUGGUUUCAGAUGACAAGCUCAUUCACACACUGGUGGUCAAAGACUGCAUGAUUGUAGACAAAGGAAUAUAUUCAGUCUGCGCGGGAAUUAAGUCUUGUAAUGCCUGGCUUGUUGUUGAAGCCGAUAAAGAUGCACAAAAGGGCAAAAAAUCAGCAAGGAAAACAACAAAGGCAGGAGGAUCAGGGUUGGACCUGAAGAAGUUAGCCGAAGAGCAGCAGACUAAAUUAGUAAAGGAGAGAGAGGAAAUAAAAGAACAAAUUAAAGCUGCUGCAGCUGCACCUCCACCUCCACCUCCACCUCCACCUCCACCUCCUCCUGCACCUGCCCCUGAAGCUCCAGCUGCACCAACAAAGCCUGAACCUGAGGCACCCAAAGACCCUGAGCCAGAAAUCGUGAAGGAACCAGAGGCACCUGUAGUGGAGGAAAAAAGACCUGGUAAUUCUGACAAAACAUCACCAGCACCAGCUGGAGACUCGGAAAGUGGUCAUUCAGACCAAACGUCACCAGCAGCAGCUGGAGACUCUGGAAGUGCUGAAGAAGACAUUGGCGGUAAAAGACUUGACCCACCACUUGCAGAUGCAGGAGCUGAGCCUGUUAUCACCUGUGGGCUGUCUGAUGUCUAUGUUCUUCGUGGAAAUCCAGCUGACUUAACAGUGAAGAUCAACAUCGACUGCGACAGCUCUUGGUUCAAAGAUGGAGAGAAGUUGAACUCAGGUUCUGGGGUCAAAUUAACAAAAGAUGGAAAUUCUCACAACCUGUCAAUUCGAAGCUGCAGUGAGGAGGACUCUGGACUUUAUCGUUUGGAAACAGGGGCCGUCUGUACACAAGGAAAGGUCACUGUUGGAGACGUACCUGAAUUUGACCCAGAUGACCUUCACAAAUUCUCCAAACCUGUGAUCGUAAGAGUGGGGCAGAACGCUGCUUUCAAGAUGCCCUUAACUCCUCAGGAGGGUUUGGUGGUCAGUUGGUUUAAGGAUGGUGUUGAGAUCAAAGACGGAGGAGGAGUAAAGAUCGUGAGGGAGCCCAACCACAGCCGGCUGCUGCUCAGAGACUGCCUGCGGACAGACGCAGGGGAAAUAAAGAUCCAGCUCAAAAACCCAUUUGGGGCUGUGGAGGCUACAUCUAGGCUUAUUGUGCUUGAUCGACCCGGUCCACCAGAGGGUCCAGUGGAGGUUGUUGAAACCACGUCAACCAUGAUUGAGAUUCAGUGGAACCCUUCCAAAGACGAUGGCGGCUCCCCUGUCACCAACUAUCUUAUAGAACGUCAGCAGGAAGGAAAAAGUCUCUGGAUGAAACUUGGCGAUGUAUCAGCUGACAAGACCUCCUUCAGAGACAGGAAUGUGACUCAUGGGAAGAUAUACAACUACCGCAUCUAUGCAGAAAACCCAGAGGGCGUCAGCGACUCCCUGCAGACCGCUGAUAGCAUUAUGGCUGGAAUAUUGAUUCUCUCCGGUCCACCCGGUGCCCCUACAGUGGUGAGUGCCACCAAGACCUGCAUCACGUUGACCUGGACCCCUCCUGAGGACGACAGAGGAGUACCAAUCAUCGGUUACCAAUUGGAGAAACGAAAAAAGGAUACAAAUCAGUGGAUUGCCCUGAAUCCAGUUAAUGAACCUAUUGAAGACGUGAGCUAUGCGGUGAAAGAUGUUACUGAAGGAGCAGAGUAUGAGUUCAGGGUUGCAGCGAUCAAUGAGUCAGGAGCGGGAGAUCUAAGCCCCCCCUCUUCAAUGGUGUGUGCAAAGAAUCCCAACAUGAGACCUUGUUUUAAAGACCCAGAAGACUUCAUUGUUGUCAGAGCAGGAAACUCUGUACGAGUGAAAAUUUGCUAUGAGGCUGAACCUCCACCUGAGAUCACUUGGUUGAGGGAUGAUGAGCCAUUAUGCUCGUGGAUUAGUGUCAUCAAUACAGAGGGAAUGUCUCAGCUUGUUAUUCCCUCAUCGAAGCGCUCAGAUUCAGCCAUCUACACUAUCCAUGCCAAAAACUCGGUGGGUGAGGCUUCAUGUGACAUUGAGGUUAGAGUCACAGAUGAACCCAAGUCUCCAGGACCAGUGGAGCUGGAGCAAACAGUCCAGGACAAAGUGGUGAUUUCAUGGGCUCCUUCCCCAGACCAGGAGCUCGACGACCGCCUGUACUACGUGGUGUCUCAACGCGACUCCAACACAAGAGUGUGGCGAAAUAUAGCAGAUCGCCUCUUUGCUAACACAUACGCAGCCACCAAAAUCUCUCCUGGGAGAGAGUACCAUUUCCGGGUUUAUGCCAAGAAUGACAUGGGACUCUCAGAUCCAUCUCAGUCUCCAACAUGGGGCGCCAACAGCAACAGAGUUCCAAUAUCUUCAUAUGGAGUUGUUUCGUCAGAGAUCAGCUUUGAGAGGCCUCCAUCUAUCUUGGUUCCUCUGAAAGUCCACACACCACCAAAGGGCUACCAACUCUACAUGACAUGUGCCGUCAGAGGAUGCCCUCGACCCACUGUAGCCUGGUACCUGAACGGUGUCUGCAUCAACUCUGACAAAAACUACUACAUCACCAACUCAUUUGGUGUGUGCUCGGUGUACAUUCUCAGAGUACGGUCAAUAGACAGCGGAGAAUAUAGAGUUGUUGCACUCAACUCACUUGGACAGGCAGAGUGUUCUACGAAACUUAUUGUCAAAGAUUAAAACAGCAUUGUGACAAUGCAGCUCUUCCUCUUUUGGAAAUAUUCUGGAUAAGGGUGUGGAGUGUUUUGUUUUACUGCAUAGAAUACGUUAAGUGUGUAAAAUUGUUUUGUAAAGUGCUAGUUUCACCACCUUAUUUAUUAUUUAUAUAAGUGUUACCCUGUCUUGUGGUUUGAAUACAGUACUAACUUAUUUUAUUUAUUUAGAAAUAUAACUGAUUUACAAUUGUUACCUUGUCAUCAGAAAUAAUUAUUAUUUAGCAUGAUGGAAGUGACAAACUUAGAUGACAAACAUUUUCUCUUGUAGCAACUCCAAUAAAUCAA